AUGCUUUUCAAUUUAGUCUUGGAAUAUGCUGUUCGAAAGGUGCUUGCACUAGAUAUCGGGCUAGAACUGAAUAGGAAGCAUGCGGUCAUAGGGUAUGCAGACGACCUAUUAGCCUUACUUGGAGAAACCAAACAAGAUAUCGCCGAGUCCGUUGCUGUCCUGGAAACCGAAGCCAAAAAGGUGGGCCUAAGUAUCAGCCAUGAAAAGUCAGAGUAUCUUCACAUGAAACGCUAUAAAAACACGCGCGUCAAAAGAGAAGAUCUUCAUGUUGGAGAUACUACAUAUAAAGGGGUGGCCAAAUUUAGAUACUUAGGCUACACUGUCACCGACACCAACACUCGGGAGGAGAAAAUUGACAUCCGGAUUCAGAAUGCCUUACGAUGUAGUGCCGCCCUUCAUAAAGUGUUAGUGUCCAAGCUCCUGAGUAAAAACACAAAACUGCGUAUAUAUAAGACGGUCAUACGGCCGAUACUCAUGUACGGAUGCGAGACUUGGACGCUAACACUUAAAGAAGAAAGCAAGCUCCUGGUGGCAGAAAGGAGAAUACUUAGAAAAAUCCUGGGUCCUUUCCUGCGUUCCUGGCGAAGUCUGGCGCUCUCUCUGCACGCGCCCAAGGUCCGGUGGUUCUUCGCGGGUGCCCUAUCGGUGCGCCUCGUCUCUGCAAGCGCGCGCUGUCAGCGCGUCUCUACAAGCGCGCUAUCGGCGCGCCUCGCCUCUGCAAGUGCACGCUGUCAGUGCGCCUCCCCUCUACAGGCGCGCACUAUCGGCGCGCCUCGCCUCUCCUAG